CGCGCUGGUCGGAGGUGUCUGUCUGCCUCACGUCCGCGCUCGGGCUCACGCACACAGUGGCGGUUUUGAUCGAGAUCAACGUAGAUUCUCAUCACCAUUGGAGAGAGAGAAAGAGAGAGAGAGAGAGAGAGAGAGAGAGAGAGAGAGAGAGAGAGAGAGAGAGAGAGAGAGAGCAAGAGCGACUGUACACAUGGAUGUGCAGACGAGCACAGCAAUAAUAAUUUGGAUUAAUUUGACAGCCAGUGCGCGGGAUUUGUGGACAUAAUGGGCAAUACGACACCGAAACCGUUAAUAGAUGCGACUCUGCAACCCCGUCCAGUGGCAAACAGGCAUUAUUACAACCUACCCAAUAAUGGGAGCGGACUUGAAAGGAGGUCCGCACAUCCACUUCGCGUUGGUAUGGAGUCGCCCCGCUUUCACCCCCUCUCCAAGGGAAAGAAUAUUAGGCUGGAUGGACAGCUACGUCGCGCCACUCGGAAGAACAGCUUCUGCAAUGGCAUCACCUUCAGUCACAGGCCCAUCCACCUCUACGAGAAGGUGCGGCUUCGUCUCACCGGCGUGCACACCGGCUGGAGUGGAGCUCUACGCUUUGGUUUCACGAGUCUGGACCCCAGCGAUUUAAUCAUAUCCGACAUCCCCAAGUAUGCUUGCCCAGAUUUGGUGACGCGGCCUGGCUACUGGGCCAAGGCGUUGCCUGAGAGACUUGCCCUGAAGGACAGUGUGCUGGCAUUCUGGGCCGAUCGCCACGACAGGGUGUUCUACAGUAUCAACGAUGGCGAGCCAAUCCUCUUUCACUGUGGCCUCAACAUCGGCUGUCCACUCUGGGCCAUCAUAGAUAUCUAUGGCAUCACUCAGGAGGUCACGCUGCUUGAAAGCACAUUUGCUGAGAGCGUUGGAUUGAGCUGCCUGAGCGCAGCUCGCCUGAGUGCCUAUCUGUCCCAAAGCAGCCAUGACUCGGCCAAUUACAACAACAAUCAACUAGAGAACAACCAGGCUGCCGCAGCCAAGAUGGCCAACAUCCAGCUCAAUACACACACUCAGCUAAUCCCUUGCUACUCUUCCCACUCUUCUUCCAUCAUGCCAGCCUCAUCUGGCUCUACCGGAUUCUCCAGGGUGGUCCGCAGCCAUCCCUCCCUGCUGGACAGCAACUUGCACUUUCACCCCAUCCGCGGCUCUGACAUCAUACUGUCUGCAGACCGCUCAGCUGCCUGUAUCCACUUUCUGGACAGCAGUCGAACUAUUGUGUUCAGUGAUCGGCCGCUGCACACGGGAGAGACUUUAUACGUUGAGGUUGGCCAUCUGGGUCUGCCUUACUUUGGGGCGCUUUUGUUUGGUUUGACGUCCUGUGACCCAGCUAGUCUACACGCCGGGGACCUGCCGGCAGACCCUGAGGUUCUGCUGGACCGUAAGGAGUACUGGGUGGUGCAUCGUGGCUUCCCCAUGCCGUGCUCCGGAGAUGUGCUCAGCUUCAGUCUGCUGCCCAAUGGAGAGGUGCACCACGGGGUGAAUGGAGUGGGCCGUGGAAGGCUGCUUUGUGUGGACUCAUCACAGGUGCUGUGGGCCUUCUUCGCAUUGCAUGGGGCUGUCAACAGACUCAGGAUACUUGGAACACUGCAGCCCAGUCCUCCCUCCACAUCCCCCGGCAACUCCCAGAGCAGUAGUCCAGACGACAGCGAUUCAGAUCUGGCCUUCAGCGUCAACAGAUCCUCCUCUGCGUCUGAAUCCUCUUUAGUGACGGCUCCCAGCUCCCCUCUCAGCCCUCCCGUCUCUCCCUGCCUGGCUGGCUCAGAGUGGCCCUCCUGUGAAAAGAACGGGGAAUGCACCAUUUGCUUCGACCAAGAAGUGGACACAGUCAUCUACACGUGCGGCCACAUGUGUCUGUGCAACGACUGCGGACUGAAGCUCAAGAGGCAGAUCAAUGCCUGCUGCCCAAUAUGCAGGAGGGCCAUCAAAGAUGUGAUUAAAACAUACAGGCCAUGAUGACUGUUGGCAUGGAAGUGCUCGUCUCCUUUUCUCAGGCAUGGUUGGAAGCCAACUGCAGAUUGGCCAUUGGAGGACAUUUGUGCCUGUGGGAUUUUAUAUGUUAAUCAUCUCUGGAGACAACAAACAAGGCUUCGGUGUCUAAUCAUCAUCUUACCAAAUAGACUGCAUAUAUGAACGCCUAUAUUUUUAGUAAAGAAUGAUGUGACAAACUAUGUGCCGCUGUUCUUUAAUCAUCAUAAAUUCUGAGGUUAUUGUUGCAAAUGUUUUUAUGCUUCAGCUGGAAAAAGUGGCUAACUUUUAGUGCCUUAGAUUAUUAUUGUGUCUCAUUUUCUGUUUAAAUGAUUAACUGACAAUCCAGGCCAUAUUUUUUCAUGUACAAUAAGACAGAACUUAAGCAAUAAAAUGCACCCCAAACGUCUAAGCAGUAUCCAUCCAUCCAUUUUCUGUACUGCUUUAUCCCCACAAGGGUCGCGGGUAUGCUAGAGCCCAUCCCAGCCAUCUUAGGGCGAGAGGCGGGUACAUCCUGAACUGGUCGCUAGCCAAUCGCAGGGCACAUAUAAACAAACAACCAUUUGCGCACACAUUCACACCUAAGGGCAAUUUAGAGUUUCCAAUCAACCUACUGUGCAUGUUUUUGGGAUGUGGGAGGAAACCGGAGUGCUGGGAGAAAACCCACGCAGGCACGGGGAGAACAUGCAAACUCCGCACAGGCGGGGCCGGGAUUUGAAUCCCGGUCCUCAGAACUGUGAGGCAGAUGUGCAAACCAGACUGUCACCGUGCCGCCUGUAAGCAGUAUGUCAACGGUAAAUUAAAUCAUGUGUUUGGAGAGAUUGUUGCAAAUGAAAAGUCUGGUUUUGUACACUGAGACAAAAAUAAAGGUGAGUUAAAAGUAGUCAAUAUUAA